CGCUUCCCGGGCGCGCGCCCGUCCCGUCCCAUUCCCAUUCCCGUUCCCGUUCCCGACCCGUCCCGUUCCCUCCCGGGGCCCGCGAUGGCGUCGGCGUCGGGAGACGUGGAGUCCUCGCUGGAGCUGAGCCUGACGGGCUCCGGGGCGCUGCCCGGCGCGCUGCCCCCCGCCCGCUCGCGCAUCUUCAAGAUCAUCGUGAUCGGCGACUCCAACGUGGGCAAGACCUGCCUCACGUUCCGCUUCUGCGCCGGCCGCUUCCCGCAGCGCACCGAGGCCACCAUCGGCGUGGACUUCCGCGAGCGGGCCGUCACCAUCGACGGCGAGCGCAUCAAGAUACAGCUGUGGGAUACUGCAGGCCAGGAGCGCUUCAGGAAGAGCAUGGUGCAGCACUACUACAGGAAUGUACACGCUGUGGUGUUCGUGUAUGACAUGACAAACAUUGCCAGUUUCCACAGUCUGCCCUCAUGGAUAGAGGAGUGCAAACAACACCUUCUUGCCAACGAUAUCCCACGGAUUCUGGUUGGAAAUAAGUGUGACCUGAGAAGUGCCAUUCAGGUGCCCACGGACCUGGCGCAGAAGUUUGCUGAUACCCACAGCAUGCCCUUGUUUGAGACCUCUGCCAAGAACCCCAAUGACAAUGACCACGUGGAGGCCAUAUUCAUGACACUGGCUCACAAGCUUAAAAGUCACAAGCCAUUAAUGCUUAGUCAACCCCCAGAUCGUGACGAGAUACAUAUAAAGCCUGAACCAAAACCUGCCACGUCCUGCUGGUGUUAGAUCCCACUGUCACUGCCUGUCACCUUGUCUUGUUUGCAAGUGCUUCAGAAUUAUGAUCUUGGCAAAGUUCCAGGUUUUGGUAGCAAUUAUAGCAAAUCCCUUUGGCACUUUAAUGUGGUUUUCUGUUUUUUGGUUGUUUGUUUUUUUUCCCCUGGUGUAGAUGUGCCCAUCUCAUGCUCUUGCACUUUGUAAUUGUACUUUCUGAAUUACCGAAGUUUCACUAUAAAUAUAUGGGAACGUAAACUUUCAUGUGAAGUUUUGACAGAGCAAUUCUGCUUGAGCUCUUGCUGCCUGAGGUUGUUUUUCAUCACUUGUGGUAAGGUUAUAAAAUAGUAGGCCAGUUUACUAACAUUUUUGGUUGCUACUUGCAUUGAAAUAAUGUAGGAGAAAGAGAGUUUCUUGACAGCCAGGGAGCUUGGGUUUUGGGUCAGCAAGUGGGGAGAUUUUUGGCAGAUGAAGGAAUAUUUGGUGACUGCUAGCAAAUUAGUAAGCAGGUACCUUUUUAUUAUAAAAACAAAAACCAGGACUGUCAAAGUUUGGGCUGUCAGUGUAGGUGCAAACUGCUGGUGUUUGGCCUGUCAUUCCACUGUGAACUUUGUUUCUUCAUGGCAGUGGUAAGGGAAUUGACCAGCUUAUCCCUACCUCUAGACUAUUAUUUGAUACUUAAAACUUCAUUAAUUUUUUAUAUUUAGCAUGUGGUACUAAACUAUGCAUUGCCUCUUAUGGAAAGUACUGUAGCACAGGAUUUGGGGUAAAUUUGGGGUCUUAACUGUCCAUAACUUCUCUGACCUUACUAAAACUUCAAUGAGGACAUAUUUCUAAAGGUGCUGUAUUUGAGUGGAGUGUCCCAGGGUAAGUAAAAACACUUAAGUAAAUGAAAGAUUUCGUGAAAUUGGCAAAAGCAUAUUGGUUUUUAAAGAUGGGGGUUUGGAGGAUUUUAGUGACAAUGAGUGCUUCUCAAAUAUCUUGAGAAACCAACUUGAUAACAUAUUUCAGGGAAGGGAACGCCUAGGAUGGAAUGUUAGGAAUAUGGGACUUGCUUAAAAUAUUUCUGAAUCCAAACUAGAGUAGGUUUUGAAACAUGCAGUAAAUCUACCAAGUACAUCAUCUGUUACAGAUUUUUGAGCUAAAACCUGCUUGUAAUGUCGUGGCUGUAUGUGGGGCAUCCUUGGCAUUGCUAGUGUGAGUUAGUAGGGGUCAGAUGAGGGAAAUCACUGCUCUAGAACCAUCUUCUUCUGUGUCCUAGUAGUUCCAGCUGCUUUUUUUUCACUUCUGUCGAAGGUCAAGUUUCAUAAUAAGGUCGAGUUUCAUAAUAAAAAUGGUGCUAAGUUGCACAUAAUUGCAUAAAGCAAAAUGUAAGCCAUAGAAUGCCAUCUAUGACUUCAUUCACAUGCCAUGUCAAACAAUGUCUUGUGACUUAGUUUUUGAAGGAGUUGAAAUGUAAAUGAAGGGGUUUUUUGUUUGUUUGUUUGUUUGUUUUAAUUGUUAUUAUUGGCAAUGUGUAGCAGGUGUUGCUGACUGGAAACUAAAUGGAAGGGCCAGUUCAGAAGCUGCCACCCUAGUGAUCACAUUGGAAACAAAUCAUUGAAACAAGAUAACUAGUAUUAUGUAAACUAUUGCAGUUGCUAAGAUGUAAUUCCACUGCAACUUAAACCGACAAAAUAAAAAUGCAUUGACUUUUUUCUCGAUUUAGAAAGAGCAUUCGAUUUGGUCUAAUACAGCGAAGAUGUUUAAAAAUAAUCUAAACAAAAGGUUAUACUAUAAAGCUGCUUCAACUGUGACAGUAUUUUUGCUUAGGAAACACUUGUAAAAGGGAGCUUUUGUAUUCACUCUGAACCUUACUAGAAUUUACAGUCCUUUCAGAAACAAUCACCUUUUUAACACUAGUGUACUUACUGUUUUUUUAAGAAAAGGAUUGAUCUUAAAUUUAUCUGUGUACUAUUGUAAAUAAAUAUGGUUUACAGUCCUAUUGGACAGCUUGUUUUUCACUCAUGUCCUUAAUCCUUUUUCUCAGAAGGAUCCAUCUUAAUUAUUUGUUUACCAAGGAGGUUGACAAGUGUGGGGGUUUUUUUUGCUUAUUGGUUUGUGUUUGGGUUUUUUUCCUUUUUUAAUAAAAUAACCCCAGAAUUUCAAAGUCAGUCGAUCAGGUUGGGGGUUGAGGUAAGGAAAUGAUGUAGCUACAGUGUUACUGUUAAAUUUGCAUUCCUGUUAAGCUUUAUUUGAGUUGUCACAGCCUGUAAAUAAAGGCCCUCAUGUCAUGAAAAUUGUGUGGAAAUGGUGUUCAGGUAUGUAAUUUCAUGUUCAGCACAAAGCAUGUUUUAAUGGUUUUGCCAUAAAAGUAACGUGGUCAGUAAUGCAGGAUUCAGUAUUGCUUCCUGGCUUUCAGUGGUGACAUUCUGCCCCCAAAAUGGAUGUCAAAAAUACUGAAUACUUUGUAUGUGUAUUUUCACUUUAACCAAAUUGUAAAGUCGGGUUAUUUUCUAUGUGUUGGGGGAGGGCAAGACACAAUUCCAGAAACCUAAUAAACUGUCUUUGCCACAAA